AAACAGUAAAACACUCUUUGGGUUUUACCAUGCCGGAAUCUAGGAUUGCGACGCUAUAAAAAGUCCGUAGGUGUACACAUAAUACAAAACAAUAGUUCCGACCUGCUGGACUGGAGUUUUGCCAGUUUGAGCCUGCCGGUGUAAAUAACUGUUGGUGUUAUCGACAUAACAAUCAUUAUGGGGCAAUAUAUGUUUAAUCCGGUUAUUGUGUAAUGCAAAAAUGACAUAAAUUCAGCAAAUAAAGGAGCACGAACUGCGGACUGGACCAGGAAGCCGGGCAACGAUGGUUGAGAGCUUUAGGAGCAAGUGCUUCCACAGAUGAGUGAGCAUGGACACACUAUCCAGCCACAGCUCUUACUUGCUUCAGCAGCUUCAAGAGCAGAGGAUUCAGGGAAUGCUCUGCGACUGCAUGUUGGUGGUCAAAGGGGUUUGCUUCAAAGCCCACAAAAAUGUCCUGGCAGCUUUCAGCUCCUAUUUCAGAUCUUUAUUCCAGAAUUCUCCCAGUCAGAAAAAUGAAGUGUUUAACUUGGUUAUCCAGGAUGUUAGUGGCAUUGGCCAAUUAUUAGACUACAUGUACACCUCCCAUCUUGACAUCAAUCAAGAAAAUGUACAGGCACUCCUUGACAUCGCUCAGUGUUUGCAAGUUCCAAAUGUCCAAAGCAUGUGUAACACAUUCCUCAAGCCUUGCCCCCCACCAGUGGAAAUCCCAUCAUUUUCUCUCCAAGGGAUGUUGACAUCAGAGCAUGACUGCCUUCUGGGAAGCAGCCUGCCUAAUGAUGUUGACCUCCCCUGUUCCACUGAAGUACAAAGAGCAAGCUUCAUGGAGCAAACAAAACGAAUGCCUAUGUCUAUGCCUAACAGUGCUCCGAGUGACUCGGGUAGCGGCUCCCAGCCACCUGUAGAAAAACAAUUAGUACAUGGGUACAAGCUCCGCAAUUUCUACAGUAAGCAAUACUUUAAACAAAGUGCAAUUCAGGCCUCAAACCGAGGUCCAGGCCCUUCAGUUGUUGUGGAGGAGUCACAGUGUGAGCUCGGGCUAAGCCAAGUUGGCAACCACUCGAAUUUAUCCUCAGGAAAUGCAGUUCAGCCCACCCCAACUUGCACAUCCUUGGCAGCUGACAAAAACCAUGUGUCUGCUCUGACACCCUCCGAUAGUUUAAACAACCCCAGCUCUGACCAUGCAGACUCCAUGCUUAAUGUUCCGGUCCGUCCAAAGAAGACAGUUUACCUAAAGAAAUACAACUAUCUACGUUCUCAAAAGGCCUUGGAGGAAAUGUUUGCAGAAUCAGUCAGCGAGCCCAUCCUUAACUGCUCCAAAGGCACUCCCCAAGAAGAUUCUGCAGUCCAGAUUGGGACUCAAGAAGCUCCUGUUGAAAACCUUGUUACUGUUAGAGAAGAGUCACCCAAGACACUAUCAGUUGCUGAAAUUCCAAAGCAGUCAUCCACAAACCAAGAGGAGCAAGGACUGCAGACUGUGCCCGAAGCACCACAGCGAACGGGACAUAAAUAUUCCUGCAAUUUGUGUGGGAAAAUCUUCAAACACCCAAGCAACCUGGAGAUGCACAAACGCUCACAUACUGGUGAGAAGCCCUUUGAGUGUAACAUUUGUGGGAAGAACUUCUCCCAGGCUGGAAAUUUGCAGACACACUUGCGGCGGCAUUCUGGAGAGAAACCCUUCAUCUGCGAGUUGUGUGGCAAAUGCUUCACUGCAUCGGGGGAUGUCCACCGUCACAAAGUGGUGCACACAGGCGAAAAGCCUCAUCUAUGUGAUAUAUGCGGUCGAGGAUUUAACAACUUGAGCAAUCUCAAAGAACACAAGAGGACACAUGCCACAGACAAGACAUUUACUUGUGACCAGUGUGGAAAAUCGUUCAACACACACAGGAACCUUCUGAAGCACAAAGCUUGCCACGGUGGUGAGAAACCACACAGUUGUCCCACCUGUGGGAAGUGCUUCAUUGGCUCAGGGGACUUGCAGCGUCAUAUCCGGUCUCACACUGGAGAAAAACCCUAUCUUUGCAGCACCUGUGGAAAAAGCUUCACCCGUUCAGCCAUGUUGCGGAAACACAGUAACAUGCACUGCAAGGGUGUACCAGCUGAUGGCGACAUAACAGAGAAUUCUGAGCAGACACUGAGCUCAGAUACAGGUGUCACGCUCAGCAAAGCUAUGUGCCAUAGUGAUGCCACAAGUGAACAGACCUAUUCUGCUCUGCUGCCUCACACAGGACCUGAGAAGCCAUCACCACCUGUUUCUUCACCCCCAACACCCAAUGUGGAAACUCCACCUCUAGGUAUACAGCUUAGUCCGGCUUCUACCCCAACCUCCCUUCCAGAGCUACGAUCCCUUGUACCGCACCAUCUCCUCGCUACCUCCCACCAAGAGAGGAGUACUGCACUACCUGGCCCGGAUCACAUGAAGCUACCCAAGCAACACAUCCCUCAAGAGGUUGAAUACGGACCCUAUAUAGAGAAUGGGCCAAUGGGAGGUGAGAUGGGUAGAGGUCUUUUAGGCAAACCUUACCUCCCUGUUCAAGACAACUACUGUGCUACUCGGUCUAAUAGUGGCUUGUACAGAUCGAGUGAAGGCAACUUCAUAUCAAGUGUAACUCUGUGGGGCAUUGCAAUGAAAACCUUGCAGAAUGAUAAUGAAAUGGAUCAAUAACAAUUCAGGAACAAAUGACAAUCAUCUUAGGAGGUCUAGCCAAAGAUGUUUGAUGUAUUUCCCAGAGAUGUAAUAGAGAAUGUAGGUUAGGUCUUGUUGUAUUUUCAUGCUGUUAUUUAUUUAAACCCUAAUAUUCUUUUUAGGUGAUCAUAAAUACAUUUUAUGUUGGCUUUGUUUCUAGUUCUUAAAAGGCAUAAUGCUGAAGUUGUGGUUAGGAGGUGAAUGGUCUUACCAUGAUUUCUUGGAUUUUUUUCUGCAUAAGUCACUUCCUUCCCACAAUAAUAUUAUUAAAUAAAUACAUUGCCAAUAGGUGUUAAUAUGUCUAUGUGUGAAAGUUGUUUUUUCUAUGUGUCCUGUAACUGACUGGCAAUCAGUUUUUGGUUGUACCCUUUCUUUUGCCCUAACUAGGCUGUGAUAUUUGUCAGCCCGUCCAUAGGAUGGUAAGUGUUGUUGUAGAAAUGGAUCAAUGGCUGUGAUCAUACUGUGAGUGUGACUGGUUUGUAUGUGCACUGCAAUCUGCUCAUCAAAGGUGUACUCAACUUCUCGCCCAAAGUUAGCUUUGAACGGCUCUAAUUACUCACAUCCUUACCUAUAACCAGUUGUGUACAUCCUUUUCUACCAAUUCAGUGUAUGUGUAAUGUACCAUAUGUGAGGCAAAUCCCUAAGCAUUUCAAGGCAAAAAGUUUCGGCUGAUGAUGGAUUUCCGGUCUCAUUUUGUAUCAUGCAACAGUUGUGGCAGCUGGUGAAAAAUAUCCUCUCCGGCCCUCCUUCAACAUUGUCCAUAUACAGUAUAUGUCAGCAGUUUCUUCAUUUAACAAAUGACAGAUUUACGCUUUUAUAUACUGCUUUGCACUAAAACGGAUGUUUGAAAUCCAUUUAAUCACUUGAUGACACGAUAUGCAUUGUAUAUUUUUUUUCCCCCCAAAUGAAGUCUGAUUGCAUUUUAGUUCAUCCCAUUAUCAGAACACAGCAUGUGCUUUAAAUUCAUGGAAAGCACUUGAGAAAUCAGAACACCAUUCUAAAGACCAUGUUACCUGGAACAAGAAUAUAUAUUAGAUUUUGGGGAUUGCUGUCUGAUACAGUUGCACAAAAUCAACAUUGUGUUGAUUUUUCAAAAGGUUUUGCAGUUUCUCAAAUCAUUUUAAUUUAUAUAACAAUGCUUUGGGGGUGAUGCGGUUAAUAUGUCUAAAUCAUGAUUAACAGCCAGCCAGUAUGGGAAGUUUAACUUGUCAUCUGUCAGUUAUACCAGUGCUGUCAUGGUAUCCGGUUUUGUGGAAUCUAGCACUGUUUAAAAUGCCAAAGACUUAAGUAGCUACGCAGGACAUUAUACCCAUUAGAUCCACACAAUAUUCACUGGUACAAGACUUGGGAUCAUGACUUUCAAAAUGUUGCUUGUUAAUGAAAUGACACAUCUGCGCUUGUAGAGUAUUUCUCAAAUAUAGUAAACAGACAAGGAACGAUUUAAGUUGCUCCGUUGCCAAAGGUUUUGGCUUAUAGUAAAUUGCGUACUGUUGAAUUAUCAUAAAAGCUAACCACUAACAAAGCACAACAACCAGCAUGUUUCUGCUGAAUUUGUUUUGGUUUUGUAUUUGUUGUGUUUUGGUUGAUUGAUUUGUUGUGUUUAGGACAUAUGACAGCAUGUGCUGGAUUUGUUGGCAGGAAGUUUUUCAUUGUUUUAUUCUAAAGCCACUCCCACUUUAUAAUACCUAAGUACAGAACAAGGAUUUUUUUCCAGCGGGUUUUCACUGGAUUUUUGCACUCAUUAUGCUGUCCAUUGUUUUUGUAUGGAAAACUUCAACGUUUGGUUAUUCGGAGGAGAUUUUGGUGCAGAACAUGUUUUAGUGCGCACGCGCAGUUUAUGAGGAAACAGGAAGUCGAAAGUGGAAAAUCAACCUCCUUUCAAGACCUUUUUCUUUUUUGAAUCAUUUCUACGAUAAAGGAUCGCCGAAAGGAGACCACUACAAUUUUGGCCACCUCAGCAAUUACAUAUGUGAAUGACAUGUGCAUCUGCAGGAUAAAGUAUUCUACCACACUCAUCACUGAAUACCACCGUUAGGCUUACUGCUACGAGUUGAUGAAAAUUACCUUCUAUACAUCUGUGUGGGGAAAAAUGGGUGAAACGAAAGAGCUCUCUGAAUUUCAGCGUGGUACUGUAAUAGGAUGCCACCUUUGUGACAAGACAGUGAGUGAAAUUUCUUCCCUCCUGGAGAUUCCAGAAUCGACUGUAAAUGACGUUAUUGAAAAGUGGAAGCAAACGGGACCGUCAAUAACUCAACGGAGAGGUGGCAGACAACGUAAAGUUACAUAGGCUGAAAGCAUUGUGUGUUAAGGAACCCACACCCUGUUUGCUGACUACUCUUUAAGUAGGGUACUGUAUUCCAGAACUCCUUUUGGGUUAGCAUCCAAAAUAAAUAUUUACAUGCCUCUCAUAACAUAUUUGUCUGAACUCCUUGACUAAAAUAAGCUUAAAGGUGCUAUAUGGAGUUUGUCACCUUUUUACUUGUGACUGCCAACUCUGCCCUACUGCAGAACUGUAUGGCAUGCAUGCUUUUUGCCCAUCAAAUAAGCACCAGAAACGUAAAAACGGCAAAUGUGAUUGUUUACUGUUAGUAGCAAGUCUUAAGUGGGUUAGAAACAUGUUAUCUGCCAAGUGAAAUAGGGACGUGCACAGCUAAAUGAUCAUCUGGAGUGUUUGUCCCAAAGUCUCUCUAUUUAAGGGAAGAAAAAGGAGGGUUGGGGGCAGCCUCAGUUAAAAUGUCAGGCUUCUGAGUACUCGUCAGGCAAUUGGGGGAGCAUGCAUGGAGUAAAAAGUUGUUUUAAAUUAACUCUUAAAAUUCUGUAUAGUACCUUUAAGAAUCAACAUUUUCUAUGGCACAGUCCCACAAAUGCAGAUUAUUGAUUGCAAAUGUGAUUUGUCAACAUGCAUACAGUUUUUUUUUACCUGACUGACACAAGAGACAAUUACUUGUAAUGAGAUUUUAGUUAAUGCACAUAAAACCCCCUUUUUCAUGCCAUUACGUCUUACAAUUGAUUUUUUCUCAGAUCAAAUAUUGUUAAAAAACGUCAACCUUCCGUGAAUAUGGAUUCAAUUUUAGUGAAAUGCAACAGUAGACUUUUAGGUUCUUGUCAUGAAUACAUUUAAGCUUGUUGUUGAGACUUGUUGU